AUGACGGCGAUAGCGCGAUUGGCAAUUCUGGCACUGUGCGCGUGCGCACACGCGCAAUACCAAGAAGAGCGCGCGCCGCGCUACAUCCCGUCCGAGCCGAAGAGCACCUACGCCCCGCCUGUGGCCAUUCUUAAACAGAUCAACAGGCACAACGAAGACGGCUCAUACACAUACGGAUAUGAGUCGGGUGAUGGCUCCUUCAAGAUCGAGACCAAGUCGCCCACCGGAGAGGUGAAGGGCAAGUACGGGUACAAAGACGACACCGGCAAGGUCCGCGUGAUCGAGUAUGGAGCCAACAAGUACGGCUUCCAGCCCGCGGGAGAGGGCAUCACCGUCGCUCCCCCCACACUCGUCGAUGAGUCCACACGCGAGGAGGGACUCAGGCCGAGCAAGAACCAAGGCGGCCGCUCCCAGUACCGCGAGCCUGCACCCGUAGACUACGACUACGAAGAACCUGCCCCAACACCCCGCCCCGCGCCCCGCCCCACCCCACAACCCUACCGCGCCCCUCAACCCCAGCAACAGUACAGGCCAGCGCCUCAACCUCAACAACAGUACAGGCCAACCCCUCAACCACAACAGCAAUACAGGCCACCGCCUCAACAGUCCGCUCCUACUCCCCCUAGGCCUGCCUUCUUCGCCGGCGCCGCCCCCGCUCCUGCAGCCGAACCCUCCCGGGAAAGUUUCUUCAAUCCUGAGCCGCAACAACCCAGACAACAACAGUACAGGCCUAAACAGGAGUUCAGGCCAGCGCCUCAACCACAACAUUUCUCACCAAAACAGACCCAAGCAGACUUUGGCCAAGAUUACGAGUCUAAUCAAAGAUUCCCUUCAGCAAACCAGUUCCAGCAGCAACCUCGCCAACAGUCUUUCUCCAUGCUCGACCAGCUCUUGAAGGAAUACUCCCUGCCUCAGGGAGGCGCCGCAGCCACCCACGAUAUUACGUUCGGUUCCUUCUAGUUCGAUAUCGAUUAUUCGAUUGUAAAUAUGUAGUGUAUGUUAAUUAAACAAAUUUUUUAAAUUAAUA